AUUGUUUUCAUUGCGUGCUAUCGACAGCUCCGAAUGGCAUCAGAUACGAGAAUCUUCCAGUAUCUCAAUAAUUUCCUUUUGAUGGUCCUAUGAUUUGUCAUUACGAGUAUUUUUGGGGGCAAGAAAAACACACCAAAAUUCAGCCACCGAGCGGGUGCCGCUCUGCGCUCUUUGGUGACCUCUCGUCAACACCAACAACUCAAAAGUCGGCCGACUACUAAGCGAUGAGUUCGCUAGUUAUGAGAAAGGGUUGCUUGAUAUGGCAACCAAGCUUCAAAUCUCUCAUCAUUCGCCGCAGAGGUCAAUUUUGCUCAAAUAUCUGGCUUCGGCAAUCAAGCAGUCUACAGCAUGAGCCAGAUGUGAAAAGAACAAGGAAUAUUGGAAUCAUAGCACACAUUGAUGCCGUGAGUUGAUUGGAUUUGAACAUAAAUUGACUUUCUGAUGAUUCGAAUAGGGAAAAACUACCACCACAGAGCGCAUGCUCUAUUACAGUGGCUACACACGUCGAAUAGGAGGUACUAUAUCAAUACUUGAAACCUUCUCAAAUCAACCUCGUCAUGUUUUUCUAUUUCCAACUUGUCCUAUCAUGUCAAAUUCUAUGAAAUUUAGUCUUCAAUUUCCUCUCUCAUUCUAACUCAUUUCCAUAUUCAAUCCUCACAACACUCAAGCUAAGCAUUAACCUAGAUGUCGACGAUGGUUCCACCGUAACCGACUUCCUCCCAGCAGAGCGAGCUCGUGGAAUCACCAUUCAAUCGGCUGCUGUGACUUUCCAUUGGCCCCCAUUGGGAGCAGGAGCAUCCAGCAAAGGCAAUUCGCCGAGGUCCCAUGUGUCACAUACGGUCAAUCUCAUUGACACCCCUGGUCACGCAGACUUCACGUUCGAGGUUCUGAGAUCAUUGAGAAUUUUGGAUGGCGCUAUCUGCAUUCUUGAUGGUGUGGCUGGUGUCGAGGCACAAACUGAGAAGGUUUGGGCCCAGGCCAACAAGUAUAGUAUUCCGAGAAUUGCCUUUGUCAAUAAACUUGACAGAGAUGGCGCUGCGUUUGAAAGGACUGUCAAAGAAGUUGCUUCACGACUCCGUGGAUGGCCAGCUGUAUGCCAGAUUCCUUGGUGGGCUGGUGGGAAAGGCCAUUUCACCGGUGUGGGAGAUGCCAUCAAUCUUUCUGGCUUAGAAUGGUCAGAAGGAGGCGAUGGUAAACUCAUUCAAACAUAUGAUUUGGACGCUUUAUCGAAAAAGGAUCCUGGUCUACGAGAUGAACUUGUCAAGGCACGAAUUGCUUUGGUGGAAUCUCUUUGCGAAUUUGAUGAAGACCUGUUAUCUACAUGGUUGGAAUACAACGACGAUGUGUUGAAAAUUCCUGCGCAAGCAAUCCGAGAUAGUAUCAGAAAAUGCAUUAUCGACGGCUCGGGGCGACUGAUUCCAGUCUUCGCUGGAGCCAGUUUCCGAAAUAUUGGUGUUCAGCCUCUUCUCGAUGCAAUCGACGAUUACCUACCCGAUCCAACAGAAAGACCAGACCCAGAAAUCAGUCUAGGUGAUCAAGAAUGCUCACUGUCAGACUUGCUUGAUGGUCGUGUUUCGCUAUCCACACCAGGCGACAGACAAGUAGCAAAACAGACGCACUCCUCAAAAAGCUUGGUAACACAGAUAGAAUCUUGCGCGUUAGCUUUCAAAGUCGUCAACGACCCGAAGCGUGGUGUUCUGGUUUACAUACGUGUGUAUUCCGGGUCCAUUAAGCGAAAUUCAAACAUAUGGAACACAAAUUUACACGUUACCGAGCGAGCUCAACGACUCCUGCAGAUGCAAGCUUCGGAUGCCGUAGAGAUCCAGCACAUACCCGCUGGGCAGAUUGGUGUUAUAUCCGGACUAAAACACGCUCGAACUGGAGAUACUUUAAUCUCAUAUUCAGGAACUAAUCCCAAAUCAGGGCCCCCAGCACCACUAAACACUCUCCAGCUACGUCCCAUCGAUGUCCCGCCUCCCGUCUUCUUCGCUGCUAUCGAACCGCAUAGCCUUAGUGAAGAGCGAAAUGUUCGAGAAGUUCUACAAAUGUUACUUCGAGAAGAUCCAAGUCUUCACGUCAAUAUCGACGAUGAAUCAGGUCAAAUGCUACUAAGCGGCAUGGGCGAACUCCAUCUCGAAAUCGCGCGAGACCGACUAGUCAACGACUUCAAAGCCAAAGCCACAAUGGGCAACAUCGAAAUCAGCUACCGAGAAUGUGUCCUCGCCCCAUCCUCACCCCAAUCCAUCCUCUUCGACCGCGAAGUAGCCGGAAAGAAAGGUAAAGCAGCAUGCACCGCAACCAUCGAACCCUACGAUGAGCUCGCCCCUCCCAAACCAGACUCCACCAUCGAACAAGACGGGAACCACAUCACCCUCCAAAUCCCCGGUUCCAACCCCUCCGACGGACCUUUAGGAAGCUCCUCCCUCCCUCCCUCCCUCCCACUCCCUACCAUCCGCACCGCUCUAAUAAACGGCGCCGUAGCAGCCCUAGCUCGAGGUCCCCGACGCAAUUUCCCCCUCCACACAAGCCACAUAACGCUCCUUUUCAACCCCUCAACCGACAUCUUCGGCGCGGACACAACACCCGCAGCAAUCUCCUCCGCCGCCCGCCUCGCCGUAACCGCAACCCUCACACAACUCCACAACACCUCCAACAUCGGGCUCAUGGAGCCCGUAAUGAACGUCCUCAUCUCCUGCAACGAAGGUUCCCUCGGCGCCAUCGUACACGACAUCUCUUCCGCGCGGGGCGGCCACGUGCUCUCCCUUGAGAACGAGGGGAACGACUCGGAAGUGGGGAUCAUUGAUGUGAAAAGGGUUUAUGCACCGCCUGACCCUUUUGCAUCGGGUUCUGGGGAUGGAAAGGAGGGACCCGGGCAAUUGAGACAGGUUACGGCCAGGGUGCCGUUGAAGGAGAUGGUGGGGUAUUUGAGGCAUCUUAGGAGUUUGACGGGGGGACGGGGGACGUUUGUUAUGAGUGUUGAUCGGUUUGAGAGGUUGAGUGGGUUGAGGGAGAAGGCUGUUUAG